AUGGACGCCGUGACAUUUCCUAGGAGGUUGUUCACAGAAGGAGAAGAACCGGAUUAUGAUCGCAGUGUUGUCUACUAUAGCAAGAACACUGCACUGUGGUCUCAAAUGCACACCACACUUGAAGAUGAAUGGGAUGAGCUUGAGAAUUCUAAGCUGGGACCCCUCUUCAGGUUCACGAAGCUCGAGUUUAAUUGGGCAUCGAAGGUGGCACAGACUAUGCUCACUAUGCAAGUAGCAUGCAAGAAGAAGUAUGAGAUAUGGAGUGCCGUGGGUGUACAGCCAGUGCGAUUUUCUCUGAACGAGUUUGAACACAUCACCGGGCUUAACUGCGAGUAUAAAGAAGCGCUGACGAAGCCAGAGACUGUUAACACAGACGAGAUGAAAGACUUCUGGCGGAAGCUUGGUGUGAAUGAGAAGCUUGGUCCGAGCGUUGACGAACUCUUAGCAGCGUGCCAGUGGGCCGGAGAGUGGAGCAGAGAGGAUAGGCUGAGACUUGGUUUUUUGGCCGUAUACGCUGGCUUCAUUGAUGCUCGCAAAAGUUCCACUCAUACACGAGUAGCACUGGCUAGUCAAGUUAUGGACUUGGAGAAGUUUGAAAACUAUCCCUGGGGGCGAGUAGCUUUCAAGACCCUCAUCAAGUCCAUAAAGAAAGCAGACGUGUCCAAGCCAUUCAGCCUCGAAGGCUUUGCUGAAGUCGUGCAAGUGUGGGCGUACUAUGCUAUGCCGAGGUUCGGAGAAGAAAACGGUGAUCCGAGGCCAAAUAAUCCUGAGCCACCGCUGCUAGCAUUCAAUGGAAUCAGAGGGAAGAGAUAUGUUAUCGGAACCAUGAAGAAGCAGGUGCUUUUCAAUCACAUGGUAAUGGUGGACAAGGCAGACGUGUACCCACGUUGGGACAAGGAAAUAGAUGACGAGAAGGUGGACAACAUCAUCAAGGCCUUGCUUGGGGAAUUUGGUGGAGGAUGGGUGUGGAAACCAGCUGACUGGGUUAGAGAAGGGAUAUCGGUGGUUAAGAAGGUGAAGUUUGAGAAGUCUGUGAAGUCAGAGAAGUCUCAUGGCAAGAGGAGUCUCUCUGAUGAGGCUGAUGAUGAUGAAGCGAUAAGUGUCAAAAGAGCUCGGACCUCAGAUGGUUCACCUGCGGAGGCCUCUGGUGCUGGCUGGAAAGGUCUUGAGGCGAAGAUUGAGGAGCUUUUUAAAGACUUCACCAAAAAACACUUCGAGGAGAUGAGUAAGACCCAGGAAAAGAUUCAGGUCCUCACCGCUCAAGUCGCUGUGGUAGGGAGGAUUGUCAAGAAGCUUUCGCAUCCUCAGGCUCAGGAUUCUGUGAAGUCCAGUGAGGAUACUGCGAAGUCCAAUGAGGAUUCUGCGAAGGCCAAUGAAGAGCUGGAGAAGAAGAAUGAGGAGCUGGAGAAGAAGAAUGAGGAGAAGUCCGAUGAGGAGCCGGAUAAGUCCGAUGCCGGUGAAGGGAAGACGGCUCCGCCUGGUGGAACGGAAGAUACGGAUUGCACUUGGCUCCGGACACAUAUUCCAACUGAUUCUGAGGAAGCCGAAGAGAAAAGGCAACAGGAAGAGCAGAUCAAGGCGGCUAAUGUUAUGGCAAGAGGGAAAAGUGAGAGAGUAAGGAAGCUGGCGUUUACUCAGAAAGGUGAGUUCCAAGGAAACAGCACCGCUAGAAGGAUCAUCCUAAACAACCCCCCGGAGAUACCCAAUUCCCCACCGAAAUCACUUAAGAUCAUCUCUAAACCGAGGAAAGCAGCUAUUACGAAGAAAGCAGCUAAUCCGAAGAAAGCAGAUCCGAAGAAAUCACCUCCUCCGAAGAAAGCAGAUCCGAAGAAAUCACCUCCUCCGAAGAAAGCAGCUAAUCCGAAGAAAGCACCUGAACCUAAGAAAGCACCUGAACCUAAGAAAGCAACCGGUGGCAAUGAACCUCUAGGGUAUAAUCCAUUUGCUCGACCUCUCGAGGAAAGGAUAACACCAAUGCGGGCAUUCGUCUCCGGAUUACCGGGUUAUUCUGCAGCUACAGCGCUGGAGCCGGACAAGUUCGAUUACCCGGAAUGGCACUGGUGGUUUACUUUACUCACGGGGUUUCAAUGGCUAUCGGAUAGCCAUAUGAAGUCCUGGGCCACCAUGAUGACUCACCGCCUAGCAACGCGACCAGAGUUGUUUAAAAAUGAUAGGAUCUGCUUCCUUAACAGCCAUAUCACUCAAUUUUGGGAAAGGGACUGGCCCAGGUUUCAGAGAUGUCAAAUGCUGCCUCCUAAUUCGCUGGACUGGUACUUUGGUAAUCUCCCGAAAAGCCAGCCCAGCAAUAAGCGAUGGGGUUAUGAUGUUGAUGAUUUAUUCAUUCCAUUGAAUAUCAAGAAUAAGCAUUGGGUCGCGCUGCAUGUCUCCAUACCCAAAAGGCACAUUACCAUCUACGACAGUAUGGUGGACUGGCUCGAUGAUGCGGAAAUGGACUUGUUGGUGGAACCCUAUGCGGUGAUGAUGCCGAAUCUUAUGCACUCCGCGGCUCAGGCUGAGGACAAAUGCGUCUACUUCGAUGCGAAGUACACGCACAGCCGUCCGAGUAAGGAUGUGCCGCAGCAAGUGGGGGCUGGAGAUUGUGGCGUGUUUGUCCUCAAGUUCAUCGAGUGCCUGGCAGUCGGAUAUGCCGCAUUUCCGAAGACGUUGUGUCAGAAAAACAUCACCAUGUUUAGGGAGCAGAUUGCGUCUGAUAUGUACCAUGAGAUCAACUGCCGUGGACCGGUCGAGGACCCAGAUGAUUGGGACAAUGUCGAUUUGUAUGACGAGAGAUUAUGA